AUGCUUCCGAUCAGAGCAGCAGUUCGAUCAUCGUCCUGUAAUCGAUGUCGGCCGACUACAUUCUCACUCGCACGAUCAAUUGCCACUCCCACAUCAUCAAAGUCAGUCUCACAUUAUCUCGAUCAUCGAAGUAAUGAUGUGAUCGCAUCAGCGAUACAUGCUCAGCAAAGAGGGAUACAUAGUUCGUCCAGGAUAUCCGAGAAGAAAAGAUGGGUCAAUCCAGCCAGUGAGAACGAUAAAGAUAAAUCCAUAAAUGAAGACGAAGGAGAAUCAGCUAAAGCGGAAAUUAAAAGUGAUUCCACUACAAACGAGGUGAAGAAGGGAAAAGAGGAAGUGUCAGAAAAAGAUUCUUCGACAGAAGCUGAAUCAUCUAAAACAGCAGAAGAAAGAGCUAAAAAUAUAGCUGAGAAAGAAUCCAAAAAAGUUGAAUCUCCUGCUUCUUCUUCAUCAUCGACUAUCCGAACUUCAUCAUCCACUUCCACUCCAUCUGCUUCAUCAUUGUUCUCAUCUGGGUCAACAUCUGGAUCAGGAUCGGGAUCAGGAUCGGGAAAUUCAAAUACACCUAAAGAAAUAGCUAAACCUAUUAUACCUGAAACGUAUCCACAAGUAUUAGCUGUACCUAUAACUCAUCGACCAUUAUUCCCUGGAUUCUACAAAGCUGUAACAGUUCGAUCUCCACCUGUGAUCAAAGCGAUUCGUGAAUUACAAGCUAAAGGUCAACCAUAUGUUGGAGCUUUCCUAUUGAAAGAUUCAGCGAGUGAUUCUGAUGUAGUUGAAAACCUUGAUCAAGUUCACCCCGUCGGUGUAUUUUGUCAAAUCACAAGUUGUUUCACAUCAAAUGAAGGUGAAGGUAAACCUGAAAGCUUGACUGCCGUUCUAUUCCCUCAUAGAAGAAUUAGAAUCGAUGAUCUAGUCAAACCUGGUCAACUAUCAGAAGAACAACAAUCUUUACCUUUUGUAAACGUAUCUGAAGCAUCAACAGAAGGAGACAGUAAACCUGAAGCUGAAGUAGAAAGUUUCGAACCUGAUGUUCCUUCCGUUGAAGCAGUCAGAGAAGAAUUAGGGACUGUUUCAAAAGAGAGAGAUGACGCUGAACUAGAUUCCGAAUCUCAAUCUCAACCUCAAUCUAGCGCUGCCACUACACCCAGUAAACCUCUCUCGCCCAUAGGCUUUAUUCACAAUCUUCUACCUGACGUUUCGAUCACAAACGUUAGCAAUGUUGCACUACAACCAUACGACAAAGACUCUCAAGUGAUUCGAGCUAUAAUGUCUGAACUCAUUUCAGUCUUCAAAGAAAUCGCUCAAUUACAACCCAUGUUCAGAGAACAAGUCACUUCUUUCGCAAUGUCCAAUACAUCGUCUCAAGUUUUCGAUGAACCUGAUAAACUCGCUGAUCUAGCGGCAGUAGUAUCGACAGCUGACGUAUCGGAUCUACAAGCUGUAUUGGAUUCAACUUCGAUCGAGGAUCGUUUACAACGUGCCUUAAUUCUACUGAAAAAGGAAUUGAUCAACGCUCAAUUGCAGUUCAAAAUUGCUAGAGAUGUAGAUACCAAGAUCCAAAAAAGACAAAGAGAAUACUACUUGAUGGAACAACUAAAAGGCAUCAAAAAGGAAUUAGGUAUGGAAAGUGAUGGUAAAGAUAAGCUUGUGGAGGGAUUUAAAGAAAAGGCUAGUAAAUUAGCUAUGCCUGAAGGUGUAAGAAAAGUCUUUGAUGAAGAAUUGAAUAAAUUGGUCCAUCUUGAACCGGCUGCUAGUGAAUUCAACGUUACUCGAAACUACAUCGAUUGGUUGACUCAAGUGCCUUGGGGAGUUCACUCACCUGAAAACUACGAUAUCUCUCACGCUAUCAAAGUUCUCGACGAAGAUCAUUACGGCCUCAAAGAUGUGAAAGACCGGAUCCUUGAAUUCAUGGCAGUAGGAAAACUUCGUGGAUCGGUGGAAGGAAAGAUUCUCUGUCUCGCUGGGCCUCCUGGUGUGGGAAAGACUUCUAUUGGAAAAUCAAUUGCAAGAGCUCUAGGAAGACAAUUCUUUAGAUUCUCAGUAGGUGGUUUGACUGAUGUAGCUGAAAUCAAAGGUCAUCGAAGAACAUAUAUUGGAGCUAUGCCUGGUAAACCCGUUCAAGCCUUGAAGAAAGUGGCUACUGAAAACCCUCUUAUCUUGAUUGAUGAAGUGGACAAAAUCAGUAAAGCUUACAACGGAGAUCCUGCAAGUGCAUUAUUGGAAAUGUUAGAUCCCGAGCAGAACAAGUCGUUCUUGGACCAUUACCUUGACGUACCCAUCGAUCUUUCGAGAGUGCUUUUCGUCUGUACCGCAAACGUCCUCGAGACUAUCCCUGGACCGCUACUUGAUCGAAUGGAAGUACUGGAGGUGUCAGGAUACGUUUCAGCAGAGAAGAUGAGUAUCGCUGACAAGUAUCUAUCGCCACAAGCAAAGGAAGCUGCCGGAUUGAAGGAAGUGGAUAUAGACUUGUCACCUGGAGCUAUAGAAGCGUUGAUAAGAUACUAUUGUAGGGAAAGUGGAGUCAGGAAUCUCAAGAAACACAUCGAUAAAAUAUAUAGAAAGGCAGCGUUUAAGAUCGUGACUGAUUUAGGAGAAGAAGCUUUACCAGAACCUAAACAACUCGAUUCGUCCACGCAAACAGUUGAAUCUGCCGAGCCGGAUACCAAACCUGCUUCUGAACAUUUACCAGGAGAUAGAUCACCUUCGCCUGGAGAUGCAGGAUCGACAAAACCUGUUACCACUGUUCCUAGACAAGCGUUGAAAGUACCUGAUGGUGUGCAUGUCAAAAUCACCCAAGACAACUUGAGAGAUUAUGUUGGACCACCUAUAUAUCACAAAGAUAGGUUGUACACUUCCGCACCACCAGCUGGUGUGUCCACUGGAUUAGGUUAUCUAGGUAACGGUUCAGGUGCCGUCAUGCCUAUCGAAGUCACUGCCAUGCCAGGUAAAGGUAAUCUCCAACUUACCGGUAAAUUAGGAGAAGUUAUCAGAGAAUCAGCUCAGAUCGCUUUAUCAUGGGUCAAAUCCAAUGCUUAUUCACUCGGCAUAACGAAAUCGGAGACGGAAGUCACAUUAAACGAUAGAGAUGUACAUUUACAUAUGCCAGAGGGUGGAAUUGGUAAAGAAGGCCCAUCAGCAGGAACAGCGAUCUUGACUGCUUUCGUCAGUCUCUUUACGAAGACUAAAGUAGAUCCAGAUGUAGCUAUGACUGGAGAGAUCAGUUUAUUGGGUCAGGUUUUACCUGUCGGUGGAUUGAAAGAGAAGAUCCUCGCAGCUCAUAGGGCAGGUAUCAAGAAACUCAUCGUGCCGGUGGCUUGUAAACCCGAUAUAGAUGAGAAUGUCCCAUUAUCAGUAAAGAAGGGAAUCGAAUUUGUAUUUGUAGAAGAUGUCAAACAGGUCUUGUACGAGGUCUUCAGAGGUACAGAGAAUGAGAACAGAUGGAGGGAUACAUUACCUUUGGAGAAGGAGCCCGAGAGGGAUAGUCCAUAG